AUGGAUGUGAACAACGCAAUAACCCAGUACAACAAUACACUUACUUUACUUAGAGAUGAACUGGCCCCAUUAAAAUCUAAUCAUGCAUCCCCUGCUUGGUUCACCAAUAAUUGUAGGAUAGCUAAACAAGCAAGACAUUCUCUGGUUUCUUGCCUCCAGUCUAAGAUCGACGGAUGUGGACAUGAUCAGAGAGCUCUGUUCAAACUUGCCAACAAGCUACUUGGUAGGACAACCGUGGCAAAUUUACCACCAUCAUCCAGUAAGCUUCAGUUGGCUACUGACUUUAACACAUUUUUCGUUGAUAAAAUCAAACGUCUGCGUCAGAGUAUCUCUAUCAAAUCUGAAGUUUCAUCUUUCACGGCUGCAUCUCAUCCCUCAUGUCAUAUUACCAAACUUGAAAGCUUUGAGACAGUCAGUGAAGACACGGUUGCAAAACUUCUUAUAUCUAUGGCACCAAAAUCUUGUGAUUUGGAUCCUUUCCCUACCAAGAUUGUUCGUAAACUCAAAUGUGCUGUCUCAUUAUUUCGUUCUCUUGUCAAUUCGUCCCUAUCCUCCGGCAUUUUUCCUGACUCUUUAAAGAUUGCUUUGCAUAAUAAAUACAACAGUAGCAAAUCCAGCACAUAUAAACCAAAUGGGACAAGUAUAGAGAUUGUGUAUGGAACUGGAAGCAUGAAGGGAUUCUUAAGCACAGACAGUGUUGCAAUUGGAAGCAUUGUUGCCAAGAAUCAAACUUUUGCAGAAGCAACACAAGAACCAGGAAUGACGUUUGUUGCUGCCAAAUUUGAUGGAAUUCUUGGCAUGGGGUACAGUGAGAUUGCAGUGGACGGUGUCCAAACAGUCUUUGAUACGUUUGUAGAGCAGAAGGUCGUUGAUAAACCAAUAUUCUCUUUCUAUUUAGAUCGAAAUACCAGUGAUAGCACCGGAGGAGAGCUUAUUCUUGGUGGGUCAGAUCCAAAAUACUACAAGGGAAGUUUCUCUUAUGAAAAGGUGACACGUAAGGGUUAUUGGCAGUUCAAUAUGGACAGUGUCGUAAUCAAAGGUGGGUCUAAAUUUUGCCCUAAUGGAUGUGAAGUUAUUGCAGAUACUGGCACAUCUCUGAUUGCCGGUCCAACAAAAGACAUUGUUGCUAUUAACAAGGAACUAGGAGCUAAAGUAAUUGAAGGAUCGUAUGCCUUUGAAUGUGAUAAAGUGGCAUCUUUGCCAUAUGUUGGUUUUAUCCUUGGUGGAAAGGCAUUUUUCUUAUCUGGAGAAGACUAUGUUCUUAAGGUUUCACAGGGGAGUGAGACCAUCUGUCUGAGUGGGUUUCAAGCUCUUGAUAUACCUCCACCCGCUGGCCCUCUUUGGAUUCUUGGUGAUGUGUUCCUCGGGAAAUUUUACACUGAGUUUGACAAGGGUGCUGAUCGUGUCGGCUUUGCUGAGGUUGUGUAAAGCUUUGUCAACACUAUCAAAUUUUUUUUGACAAAAAAAAGUUUUAUGCCCAUAUAUAGUCAUGAUGUGAUGUCAUCAUGACCAUAUUUAGGCAUGUCAUGUUUUUGUCAAAUAAAAUUUGAUAAUUUUGAUGGGGCUUAACAGUUUUACUCAAUAAGUUGAAAGUAACAAGAAGUAUAAUAUUCAUUUGUUAUUAACUUGCAAGUGUUGCAAAUUCAAAAUGUUUUAGUUCAUAAGCCCUCUUUAGUGUUUGCAAUAGCUUUAAAAUAAAUAAGUCAGUACUGCAAGGUGUGUUGAUUUUUUCAUGAAACAGGUACAGAUUUGGAUUAAUAGAAAAUAGCAGUCAAUUUACUUAAUUGUUUCUUUUGAAUUUAUUCAUUUAGCAUUUUAUAUGAUAAAAAGCUCUAUAUUUUAUAUAAUUUUAUACCUUUCCAGAAAUGGUUUCUGCUUUCCAGGCAAAUCUUAAUUUGAAAUGAGAGCAUUUAUGUUAAGUAUUAGACCUAUACAUAUAGAAUACAAUAGAUGUACAGGUGAAUGCAAAAUUAUAUGAUAUGUUUAUGUUAUUUUUAUUAACUCAGUUAUACAAUGUUUAUACAUUUUUUUUGUUAAAUGGAAUGCAGAAAACAUGUAAAAUAGCAAAUAAGGAAAGCUAGACAAUAAACAACUCAGUUACUUUGGCAGUAUUAUAGGCAUUAACAUAUAAAAUGUGACAGUGGAAGUGUCAUUUUGCAUUUUUGAUGGUCAAUAAAAGUAAAAAAUAAAAUAUA